AUGCAGCACCCCACCAAUAAAAUACAAACUGUCAUCCGCCAUGAACGAAGUCCACGGCACACUAAACAAAUUCCGGUACCCAACAGCCUUACCACCCGUAAACGUGUAAUUCCCUUUGUACUUGCUCACAUAAUCCUCCGUGGGCCUCGAGCGGGCGGCAAACUCAUAAUCGACCGCGAAGGUGACGGACCCUUUUUCUUGCAUCCCAAGAAACAGCCCGAAACAGUGGUACGAGCCCUGCUGGUCCAUGUUGCAGUGCGCGGACAGAAAAAACCCCUGCCCGCCCAAGUGGAACGCCUGCGAAUAAACCCUCCCGGAGGGAAACAGGCUAGCGCACUCCCCACGCGUCAGGUCCAGGUACACCACGCACUGCUGACGUGGCGAGUCGAGCUCGACCACCUUGACGGGCCGGUACUUGUAGGCCCGUUCUGGGAGGAGGGCGAGGGCCCGUUGCCGGUGAGGGGGCUCGGAUUUGAAGAAGAGGGCUUCGAGGACGACACGCGUGGCGUAGUCACGGUCGAGGUCGGGGCAGGCGAGGACUUUUUUCAGCUUGCGGCAAGUCAUGUGGGGGAAUCGGAUGUGUGGGCCCACGCGCGAGGACAGGAUUGUGCGGCGCUCGUCGGGGUCCGCGUGGUGGGUGCGGGCCCACUUGAGGGCGAGGUCGUAAACGGCAUCCUCGGAGGCUACCUGGAGAUCGUUGCUGGCAAGGAUGGCUUCGAUUCCGGCAAGGGGGAGUUUCAUUAUUUCAUCUUGGUACCUGUUCAAGAUUCGGGAGUCAUAGGCAGAUUUCUUAGGCGGCGGCUGCAAUAUCUCAUGCAAGAAGCCACCUCGAAUUUGUCGGCAGCCAUGAGCACAUCGAGUAGAGCAGUAGUUGUAUUGGCAGCCAAGGUAUUGCUAUACAUGAAAUUCAGGAGCUCCAUAAGAGCAUUUUCCUCUGUUUCACAGGGAAUCGAGUUA